UUGAAGAAAAGAUUAACCAAACAGGUUUUGCAUAGACUCUGGUUCGUUUUGGGUUUGAUUGGAUUGGUUUGGUUUGGUUAUGUUCCGUGGAUUUCAUUUUCAUAAGAGAGAUUUUGUUUGCGACUGAAAAAAAUCGUAGGUGUGUGAACUCUGCUAAACUCAGCAAUCGCUGAACUUGAUUGACCCAAUCGUUUAUUUUCUCCGUCUUCUUCCAUUUUCAAUCGUUUCUUCGUUUCUCACUUUUAUUCAAUUGCUCUUUCGUUCCUUUCUCUGAGCGAUGCGAUGAGAUCUUUACCGUUUUCGAGUCCGAGCUCUUACCGAUUCCAUCAUCCGAUUCCGUUUCGAUCUCUCGAAUCGAUUCCUCUACUUUCGGUUACACGUCUUCGCGUCGAAUCUGGAUCUAGCUCUUGUUUCAAGUUCUGUGCAGCGAGCUUGAAGAGACAUGGAUGUAGCAUGAGACAUAGCUCUGUGUCAGUUAAGGCAUUUGAUGACGAUUCAUUUGAUUUUUAUUCCGGUGACAUAUUUGCUGCUUCAUACUUACUUUCGUCGAGUGAAGGCGAAGAGAGUGAUGGGGAUUAUGCUCUGAAUGUGGUAACCGAAACCACUUCUCAAAGGCUAAGCAAGUUUCCAAGAGGUCGGAAAAAGCACAGAAUCAGAUAUGGGAUUAAUUUGGGGCUUCUUGCCUUUUUGUUAGUGCUGCUUUUAUUUGUGGACUCUUUUGCUUGGAAGAUUGUUAGACUGCCUCUGCCUCCAUACUUCUUAAGCAUGCCCUUCUUCACAUCGGCGGCUUUAGUCACCCUAGCCGGUUAUAUUUUUGUUCCCCUGCUAGACAGACUGAAAGUGCAUGAGCCAAUUAGGACACUAGGGCCAGUUUCACAUAACCGCAGACCAACAAUCCCGACAAUGGGUGGGUUGUUCUUUGUUCCAAUCGGUGUUGUUGUUGCAAUAGCCAUGACCAAGUUUUCGUCCAUCGAAGUCGCUGGAGCAGCAGCUGCAACUGUAGUAUUUGCGGCGAUUGGGCUAGUUGAUGACUCCUUAAGCCUCUGCAGUGAUAACAAUAAUGGUUUAUCUGCAAAGAUACAACUCCUUUUGGAGCUUGCAUCACAGGCAGCUGUUGGGACUUGCUUUGCAUUUUGGUUGGAGACUGCAAGCAUAUCAUCUCCUUAUGGCAUGAAAAUGUUGGUCCCGUUGCCUUCACCAUUGGGUCUCGUUUGCUUGGGGAAACUUUACCUAUUGUUGACAUCUUUCUACUUCGUCUCCAUGGUAAACUUAGUCAAAGCAACCGAUGGUCUUGAUGGAUUAGCUGGAGGUAUUGCUGCCUUGGCUUUCGUUGCAAUGGCAAUAGCAGUUCUUCCUAUCUGCUCUGAUCUUUCUAUAUUCGGAGCUUCGAUGGCUGGAGCCUGUUUCGGGUUUCUGCUUCACAAUCGGUACAGAGCAUCUGUGUCCAUGGGAAAUACAGGAUCAUUGGCUCUUGGUGGAGCUUUGGCUGCAAUGGCUGCUUGCUCAGGAAUGUUCUUCCCAUUGUUCAUAUCCUCUGGUGUUUCUGUCUUGGAAGCUUCUUCUGUCAUAAUUCAGGUCGCCUAUUACUCGGCGACAAAGCGUUUGAAGGGAAAAGGGCGUCGCGUUUUCAAGACGGUACCGUUUCAUCAUCACCUAAGGCUCACUGGUUUGAAGGAGCCAAUGAUAGUAACGAUGGCGUAUGUUGUAUCCUCUUUGCUCUCUCUUUCAGCGGCUUACGUAGGCCUUAUAUCUGCAUAACAUUCUCUUCUUGCCCUUCCUCUCUACCCAAUUUUGUAUUCUUAAAUUCUUAUUAAUAAAGUAAUAUUUAUUAAA